AUGGAAACGUACACGACGGAUGACGCGCUCACGGCCAUGGGGUUUGGCAAGUUCCAGGCGCUUGUUCUCGUGUACGCAGGGACGGGCUGGCUCGCGGACUCCAUGGAGCUCAUGCUGCUCUCCUUCGUUGGACCACUGGUUCGGCUGCAGUGGAAUGUCUCUCCCCAGCAUGAGAGCCUGCUCUCUAGCGUCGUCUUCACUGGCAUGCUCCUGGGAGCCUGUUCUUGGGGCUAUAUUUCCGACAAAUAUGGAAGAAGGACUGCUUUACUGUUCUCCAUUAUUCUUACUGCUGGAGCAGGGUUUAUAAGUGCUUUAUCUCCAAACUAUAUAUCUCUGCUGGCUCUUCGGUUUCUUGUCGGUAUAGGAGUUGGUGGCACACAUGUAUUUUCAUCUUGGUUUUUGGAAUUUGUUCCUGCAAAGAACCGUGGUGCCUGGAUGAUUGUGUUUUCUGCUUUCUGGACUUUCGGAACCAUCUUCGAGGCUUCACUUGCGUGGGUUGUCUUAUCAAGACUGAGUUGGCGGUGGUUGCUGGCAUUCACCGCCCUUCCAUGCUUCGUUUUGCUUCUGUUUUUCGUCCUUGCACCUGAGUCACCACGCUAUCUCUGCGUACAAAACAGAAUCUCUGAUGCGACUCUUGUCCUGGAGAGGAUGUCCAAGACGAACAGAGUCGCUCUUCCUCCUGGAGCUCUCACAUACCACAAAGAAACACAGUUGGUUAACCACAACGGCGACGCUCUUACUUCUCAGAAUGGACACCUUCCUGUCAGAGAGAGUGACUGUACUACAAUGGACAAUAAUGCCAUGACCAUGAGCUCCAUAUCUGGUUCUGGUGGCAUUGCUGCCCUGCGCAAGCUGUUUUCACGCAAACUGCUCAGAUCGACUCUUCUUAUUUGGUUUGUUUGGUUUGCGAACUCCUUUGCCUAUUAUGGUCUAGUGUUGCUAACGUCGCAGCUGAGCGAUGCAAACAGAAGAUGCACAUCUGCUCAGAAAUCUCAAGCGCACCAAAAAAGCUCCAAUCUCUACAAAGAUGUGUUCAUAACUAGUUUAGCAGAGUUUCCAGGGUUGGUUAUUUCUGCGAUUAUCGUUGAUUGGUUUGGCCGGAAAGCUACAAUGUGGAUCUUGCUGUUUGGAUGCUGUGGUUUCCUCGGACCUCUGGCUGUUCAUCAGAAAGAGUCGCUGACAACCGCUCUUCUAUUCGGUGCUCGCGCCUGUGGCAUGGGGAGCUCUACGGUUUUGUGCCUUUAUGCACCAGAGGUGUACCCAACAUCAGCGCGCUCAACAGGUGUUGGCAUUGCCACCGCCAUUGGUAAGAUUGGCGGCAUCGUUUGCCCCCUCAUCGCCGUGGGCAUGCUGCGGAGCUGCCACCAAAUGGAAGCCGUCCUAGUCUUUGAGCUGGUCCUAGGCCUCGCAGGAGUGGCCUGCAUCCUCUUCCCUGUGGAGACCAAGGGCCGCGAGAUGAAAUGA